CCUCGCGGCUCGAGGAACGGCGCGGUGACGUGCGCGUGCGCGCACUGAAGGGACAAGGCGGAAGCGGAAGUCGGGGGGCGCGCCAGCUGGGAUCAGGGGAGCGCCCGCUGGGACGGGUCUGUGCUGGAGGUCGCCAUGGGGCGAGGUAGCGGCACCUUCGAGCGUCUUCUAGACAAGGCGACCAGCCAGCUCCUGCUAGAGACGGAUUGGGAGUCCAUUCUGCAGAUCUGCGACCUGAUCCGCCAAGGGGACACGCAAGCAAAAUAUGCUGUGAAUUCCAUCAAGAAGAAAGUCAAUGACAAGAAUCCACACGUGGCCUUGUAUGCCCUGGAGGUCAUGGAGUCUGUGGUGAAGAACUGUGGCCAGACAGUUCAUGACGAGGUGGCCAACAAGCAGACCAUGGAGGAGCUGAAGGACCUGCUGAAGAGACAAGUGGAGGUAAACGUCCGUAACAAGAUCCUGUACCUGAUCCAGGCCUGGGCGCAUGCCUUCCGGAAUGAGCCGAAGUACAAGGUGGUCCAGGACACCUACCAGAUCAUGAAGGUGGAGGGACACGUCUUUCCAGAAUUCAAAGAGAGCGAUGCCAUGUUUGCUGCUGAGAGAGCUCCGGACUGGGUGGAUGCUGAGGAAUGCCACCGCUGCAGGGUGCAGUUCGGGGUGAUGACCCGUAAGCACCACUGCCGGGCGUGUGGCCAGAUCUUCUGUGGCAAGUGUUCCUCCAAGUACUCCACCAUCCCCAAGUUCGGCAUCGAGAAGGAAGUGCGCGUGUGCGAGCCCUGCUACGAGCAGCUGAACAGGAAAGCGGAAGGAAAGGCCACUUCCAGCACUGAGCUGCCCCCCGAGUACCUGACCAGCCCCCUGUCUCAGCAGUCCCAGCUGCCCCCCAAGAGGGAUGAGACGGCCCUGCAGGAGGAGGAGGAGCUGCAGCUGGCCCUGGCGCUGUCACAGUCGGAGGCAGAGGAGAAGGAGAGGCUGAGACAGAAGUCCACGUACACUUCGUACCCCAAGGCAGAGCCCACGCCCUCAGCCUCCUCGGCGCCCCCCGCCAGCAGCCUGUACUCGUCACCUGUGAACUCGUCGGCGCCUCUGGCUGAGGACAUCGACCCUGAGCUCGCGCGGUAUCUCAACCGGAACUACUGGGAGAAGAAGCAGGAGGAGGCUCGUAAGAGCCCCACGCCGUCGGCGCCCGUGCCCCUGACGGAGCCGGCUGCACAGCCUGGGGAGGGGCACGCAGCCCCCACCACCGUGGUGGAGAACCCCCUCCCGGAGACAGACUCUCAGCCCAUUCCUCCCUCUGGUGGCCCCUUUAGUGAGCCACCGUUCCACAACGGUGAGUCCGAGGAGAGCCACGAGCAGUUCCUGAAGGCGCUGCAGAACGCCGUCACCACCUUCGUGAACCGCAUGAAGAGUAACCACAUGCGGGGCCGCAGCAUCACCAACGACUCGGCCGUGCUCUCGCUCUUCCAGUCCAUCAAUGGCAUGCACCCGCAGCUGCUGGAGCUGCUCAACCAGCUGGACGAGCGCAGGCUGUACUAUGAGGGGCUGCAGGACAAGCUGGCACAGAUCCGUGAUGCCCGGGGGGCGCUGAGUGCCCUGCGUGAAGAGCACCGGGAGAAGCUUCGCCGGGCAGCCGAGGAGGCAGAGCGCCAGCGCCAGAUCCAGCUGGCCCAGAAGCUGGAGAUAAUGAGGCAGAAGAAGCAGGAGUACCUGGAGGUGCAGAGGCAGCUGGCCAUCCAGCGCCUGCAGGAGCAGGAGAAGGAGCGGCAGCUGCGGCUGGAGCAGCAGAAGCAGACGGUCCAGAUGCGUGCGCAGAUGCCCGCCUUCCCCCUGCCCUACGCCCAGCUCCAGGCCAUGCCCGCGGCCGGAGGCGUGCUCUACCAGCCCUCGGGACCAGCCAGCUUCCCCAGCACCUUCAGCCCCGCCGGCUCAGUGGAGGGCUCCCCCAUGCAUGGCGUGUACAUGAGCCAGCCGGCCCCUGCCGCUGGCCCCUAUGCCAGCAUGCCCGGCACCGCAGCUGAUCCCAGCAUGGUGAGCGCCUACAUGUACCCAGCAGGGGCCACUGGGGCACAGGCGGCUCCCCAGGCCCAGGCCGGACCCACCGCCAGCCCCGCCUACUCAUCCUACCAGCCUACUCCCACAGCGGGCUACCAGAAUGUGGCCUCCCAGGCCCCGCAGAGCCUCCCGACCAUCUCUCAGCCUCCGCAGUCCAGCACCAUGGGCUACAUGGGGAGCCAGUCGGUCUCCAUGGGCUACCAGCCUUACAACAUGCAGAAUCUCAUGACCACCCUCCCGAGCCAGGACGCGUCUCUGCCACCCCAGCAGCCCUACAUCGCAGGGCAGCAGCCCAUGUACCAGCAGAUGGCACCCUCUGGCGGUCCCCCCCAGCAGCAGCCCCCCGUGGCCCAGCAGCCGCAGGCGCAGGGGCCGCCAGCACAGGGCAGCGAGGCCCAGCUCAUCUCAUUCGACUGACCCAGGCCGUGCUCACGUCCGGAGUAACACUACAGUUCAUCCAAAACGCCUCGUCUCUAACUGCCGUCGUCCCGCCUCCCUGUCCUCUACUGCUGGUAGUGUCCCUUCUCUGCGAGUGAGGGGGGGCUUUCACCCCAAGCCCACCUCCCUUCUUGUCCUCAGCCCGCUGCAGUCCCCGAGUUGGUCUCUGCUUUCUUUCCCCAAGGCUGGGCCACGGGGAGGGAAAGCGGGAGGGAAGGACCUUCUCCCAGGGGAAGCCCCCAGCCCCGUGGGUUAUGGUCUGAGAGAGGUGGCAGGCAUGGGGACCCUCACCCCCCGAGCAGCCUGUGCCCUCUGGCCCUACUGUGAGCUGGCUGUGGUGUCUGGGCGUGGCCUGGGGCUCCCUCUGCAGGGGCCUCUCUUGGCAGCCACAGCCAAGGGUGGAGGCUUCAGGUCUCCAGCUUCUCUGCUUCUCAGCUGUCAUCUCCAGUGCCCCAGAAUGGUACAACAAUAAUAAAAUCUAUUUCAGAAAGCA